ACCAAAAUCUGUGUUCUCCUCUAUUCUUCUCCUCUCCUUUUUACGAAAUCCGAAUCUCUUUAUGUGAGGUCAGAAAAAAGAAAGAAGCCAAGAAGAAUAUAUAUCAUUCUUGCCCAUAUCUUAGUGCCCAUCUUAGAUUCCGUCUCAAAACUCAUCUCGACCAGUUUGAACUUGGGUUCUCAAAUUGCACCAGUUCUGUUGAGUUGAGUAGAGUUGAAUUGAGUUCUCGAGGCACAAUGGCAAUGUCUUUCAGAGGUCUCAGUCGGCCGAAUGCUUCGUGUGCCAUGGCGGCUGCGGAGCACAGCAAGAACACGUUUAUGGAGCUGCAGAGGAAGAAGGUUCACCGCUAUGUGAUAUUUAAAGUGGAUGAGAAGAAAAGGGAGGUUGUGGUUGAGAAGAUUGGUGGUCCGGCUGAGAGUUAUGAUGAUUUUGUGGCCGCUUUGCCGGAGAAUGAUUGCCGAUUUGCUGUAUAUGAUUUUGAUUUUGUUACUUCUGAUAACUGUCAAAAGAGCAAGAUCUUCUUCAUUGCUUGGUCCCCUUCAACAUCUCGGAUCCGUGCCAAGAUGCUCUAUGCCACAUCAAAAGAUCAGUUUAGGCGGGAGCUGGAUGGUAUCCACUACGAGAUUCAGGCUACUGACCCGACAGAGAUGGAUCUUGAGGUGAUCAAAGAGCGUGCUCACUGAACAGUGUCAGUAAACCAAACAUAUGUAUCUCCCUUGCUUGUUCUCCUUGAAUCAUCAUGUGCAGAAUCCAUUACUGGCACAAAACUACUAUUUCACUGAAUAAACAAGUACAUUUGCCAUGAAGUAUGUCUGAUGUUUUCUGUUUGUUGCGCAAUACAGUUUCCUAACAGUAAGCUUACUUCCUAGAUGCAAUUGGAUCUGUCACUACACUCGGUAAUGUUGUAAACCCUGAAAUGUGUUCCAAUAUAAGUUUGAUUGCUAAUAUUUGGGGAGCUGAAAUGCAAACCAUAUAUUUUAUCCCGUUCUUGUAUAAUUCUUUUGAUAUCUGUAACACAUUUGAUUCAGAAGCAGUAAAUUGGA